UUAUUUAUUAUUAUGUUCGAGUGCACGCUAUUUGUGUAAAAUUUAUUACGCAACCAAGGAGUAACAAAAAUCAUACACAACUAGGUCAAAAAAUAUAUACUACUUUUCCAUAAUGUAUAAUAAUACAUAAUAAUACUAUUUAGACACGGGUAACUGGUAAAUUCUGUUGUGUUUACCUCCAAGCCGAAAUCGAUUUGCCUCUAUCAAGAAAAAGAAAAAAAACAUUUAAAUUGAUAACUGAUAAGGCGGUCGGGAUUAUAAUAAUUAUUGGGUUGAGUCUACGCCGCCUUUGACCCGCUGUAGUCCGACGAACAAAAAUCAUAAGAACAAACUCCGUCUGUGAGACGGCUUUUGAAUGUGUCCCGUUCGAACGUAACGGGACGUACCCACUGAAGCGACGGACGAUCGAAUCGCGUAUUCAUCACCGUACCAUGUCGGAUCAUUCAUCACUAGUCGCAACGUUCAAAGAAAAACUGCGACCCAGAUACUAUGGCAAGUCCGGCGGAGCGAACAGUCGUUACAUCAAAGAGAACAUUUAUUUCAACGGUAUAGCCCUGAAGGAGUCGCUGCUGUACGACAACGAGUAUCAGGAAACGCAGAUCCAUAAACGCAUGCUGAUCAGCCACAACAACAAGACUGCCACUUACCCGAACAACAACAAGUGUCUAGAGCUGGAAAAAGGUUGUUUCAUAUAUCAGAAUCCUGCAAGCCAUUACGACGACAACGAUUUUAUACACAAGUUCACAGACAUGUCUAUAGUUAAUGAGCUGGGGGUGGUCAACAGCAAUUACACGCAUUCCUCGGACACAAAAACGUUUAAUCUGAAAAAAAAUGAUCGUGAAGAAAUUCGUAAACGCUUAGUAGAUGGUUAUAAUAACACACGAAAGUCGACAAAAAAAUCAAGUUUAGAAUCUAGAUUACAAAACAGUUCUAAUCUACAGUUAUGCUUUAUGAACGAACAAUCAUCAGACACAGAGUUACCAAUUAAUAAUUGUGACAUCUCAGCUGAAGAUGAGAAGCUAAAAUCUGCUGCUGAACUUAAACAAGGUCUGAAUUUGGCAAAAAAUCGAGCACGAGCACAUAUGAUUUCAGACCAGCGCAAUUGUGUAAUUUCAGCUGUAAUUAAAGAAAGUCUUUCAAAAGUUGGAGUAAAGUUAGACAAUGAUAGAAGACGUGUCAGUAGACAUUUCUUAAUGCGUUUGAACUUGGCACAACUACAAGUUAUUGUUAACGAUCUACAUUCUUACAUCGAAUACUUAAACGAAAGCCUUGUGAAUUUAUUACUAGAAAGAGAUGAAUUACACAUGGCGAAGGAUUCAAUGUUGGUUGACAUUGAAGAUUUAAAACACGUUAAUCGCAUGUCAUAUUAGUGCAUAAACUACUUUCACAUUUUUGAAACUAUCUGUAUUUUAUAAGUGUGUGUAACUUUAAAACAUUAGAACUGUAGUGUCGGAUAUUCCUAAAUAAUAUCAUUAAUGUUAUUUUCAUUCCUCCAAGUAUUAUAGUUAUAAGUUAUAAGUUAUAAACAAGGUUGUACCUAGAAUAUAUUAAUUAUAAAUAGAUCAUGUUUUUUUAUUUUAUUAUUUAGACAUUAUCAUAAAAGACAAAUAAUCCUUUAAAUAAUAUGAACAAAUUUCAUAGGAAGGGUGAACUUUUACAGGUACAGCCUUGCUUAUUAAUAUUUAGAUUAUUGAAACCUAUGGUUAGUGCCUAGAAUAUAUUGUUAGGUAAUUAAAUUGUUUUUAAACAUUUUAUUUCCAUAUGUCCUAUUAUAAUAUUACAUCAUAUAUUAUAAAAGUGUAUUAUUUUGUAGUUGAUUUCAUAAUUUAAAUAUACUUAAAUGGAUAAUGAUAAAAAAAAAAUACUUAAAUCUUUCUCAUUUUAUUGAUCUUAUAGUUUUAAUUUUACUUUUAUUUUACUACUGUACCAUUACUUAGUACUGUUAAUUAUUAAUUACUAUCAAGUAUGAAUAUCUUCUUGUUGUUUAAACAUUUAAUAUUAAUUCUUUAAAUUUUAAUAAACCAUACUUAAGAAAUAAACACUUAAUUUCAAAAUAUUAUAACUAACUAUAAUUACUGUAAUAUAUUAAUUGCAAUUAUAGAUAAAAACAUCUUUAUCACGAUAAAUCACAUAAUGCUUACAACAUAAACCGACACUACAGAACAUAUUUUAUGUUUUGCUUACGCACAAAAUUGAAUAUCUAUUUAGGUAUCUAAUUAACCAAAACUGUUGUUAUGUUAUUAUGUUAAACUAUUUUUAUGUUAAACUAUUUGUAUGCUAGAAUAUUUAGAUUUUGUUUGUGUAUUGGCUUGUCUUUUUAAAUCAAUACACAAUAUUAUGGAAAAAAA